UGUUUUUUUAAGAACCUAAACGUAAAAAUUUGCAGCGUCUUGGAAAAAAUACAUAAAAUAAAGCAAUUUUAACAAUUUUUUAUGAAAAAAACAAUGCCAAUUGUUUAAAUAAAGUGAAUUGAAUAGUAUUUGCAAAAAAUUUUUUAAAACUUCAUUGAAAAUAAAUAAAAAUUACGGUUUGCCGGGACGAAGCCGCAAUCUUUAAAGUGAGACAAGGAAAAAAAUAAGUGUAAUUUGGUAAUAAAAAUGGAAGCUCCACCAACUACAGUCGAUACGGCUCCGGUGACCGGUGGUGUGGCACCCACACGUGGACGCGGUGGUCAAAUGCGUGGUUCUUAUGAACGCGGAAGGGGCAGAGGUAUGGGUAGGGGACAUUUCGGAGGUAUGGGUGGACCCGGUGGUUAUCCGAGCCGCGGUGGUUAUAUACCACGUGGUGGAAUGGGUGGACCACCAAUGGGUUAUCAAGGACGUGGUGGUUAUGCACCUCGUGGGGCACCGCCCAUGCGUGGGGGUCCUGGUAUGGGUGGUCCGGGCGGAUACCAAGGUCGGGGAGGUGGAGCGCCUCGCGGUGGUCCUCCAAUGAGAGGAACUGGUCGUAUGCCUUUGUACAGCCAACCACCAAAGCAACAUACUGGGGUGGAUAACAACAAAACCGUAUCGCCGGUACAAGCAAAUGUGUCAAAUCAAGUGUUAACGGGAUCAGAAGAAACAACCACAAAUUCAGUAAAAACUGCUGCAGUAGCAAAUGCUGAUCCAAAUGCAGCAACAACGGUUGCUGUAGCUGCUCCCAUUACAGCUAAACCUAUAUCAACAGGAGUCUCUCCAAAUUAUAGAGGUAGCGGACGUGGAAGAGGUACUGGUGGACCUCGCGGCCGUGGUGGUUACAAUCCCCACAAUGGUUCGGCGGGCAUGACUUCAAUGUACGGCGGUCCACAAAUGGUAGAACAAGGGAUGAUGCGUCGUGGUGGUCCACCCCGCGGUCGUGGACAAUAUUCAAAUACCGGCAUGACACGACCACCAAUGAUGCAACAGCAACAACAUAUUGUUAAUACCCAAGUGGCACCACAAAAUUCACUCAAGCGUGGUGCACCUGGAGGACCACCAGGUCCCAAACGUGGUCGUUAUGAGGGUGGACCAUAUUCACAGCGGGCGCCGGCACCUAAAUAUCAUCAGCCUCCACAUAUGGCACCGCCAACGAGUUAUGGCGUACAGCAUCAACCGGCACCCCCGCCACCACAACAAAGCCACCAUGCUUAUGCUCAACAUGAUCCCUCACAAACCAUGGAUCCAUAUGCGCAAUCAUAUGCUGCUCCUCAAACUCAGGCGCCAUAUAAUGGCUAUGGACAAACAACAGCUUAUUCUCAUGCAGCUCCAACUCAUCCUACUGCUCAUCAAGCCAACAGUGGUUAUGCCACUCAUGCUGCUACGGAGUAUGAUCAGAGUCAAUAUCAAGGUUACAGUUCGGCUUAUGCCCAACAAGAUACACGUUAUCAAACAUAUGGUCAGGACUAUACACAGCAGUAUGGUGCUCCAGCUGUAGAUUAUAGCACAUCUCAGGCAGAUUAUACACAACAUGCCCAGCAAAGCUACGACGAACGAGCAUAUGCCGGUUACGACACACAAUCGUAUCAGCAAAGCUACUCCAACUCUACAGGAUACUAUUAAGUAUGAGAAACAAAAAAAAUAUUAAAACAAAUAAACAAAAACAGAUUGACAUAUACAACCACAAUAACGCUGUGCGUGCCGAUGAUACAGUUUGCUGCAACCUUGAAUUAUAAAUCAUUGAGUAAUGCCAAAAAAAAAAAACAUAAAGUCUAUAAACAGAAAUUAUCAACAUUAACAGAAUCAACGUGUUUGUUGCAUGCCCCUUAAAGUAAAAACAAAAACAUAAAAACAUCAUUGAAUGAAAAGAAAGUACUUUAUGAGAAUACUUUUUAUUUUGUUUAAUUUUUUUUUUUUUCAAUUUCAAACUAUUAGAAUUUUGUGACACUUACUUAAAUUAAGUGAUUCAAUUUUAUAUAUAAAGUUAAAAAGUGUUUAAAUUAUUCUACAUUUACAUAAACAAAAACCAACAAACAAACAAGUGACAAAAUCUUAAAAUAUAUUAUUUAAAUAAUAACAAGUAAUAUUAAUCGGACAAAGUAAUGACUCCUGCAAAAUAAGUCAAAAAAUAUAGUAUUUCUUAAUUUUUGUUUAAGAAUUUUCAUUUUCUUUUUGUCUGUUUUUUUUUUUAUUUUAUAAAUUAAAUUUUUACUAUUUGACGAUUUGAUCUUUCUUCUAUUAAUAAUAACUUUUCUACACUAGGUAGUUUGUUUCUUUCCUUUAACAAACUCUCAAUGCAAUACUACAUUUUUGAUGUAAUUAUUUUUCUUCAUUUGGACCACAUAUACAAUACAACAAAUAUAUUAUUGUUUACUUCAUUAUUAACAAUAGCGAAAAAUAUAUUAUAUAUAAAUAAAAACAAAAAAAUACAUAGUUAUCAUAAAUUUUUGUAAAUUUAAGAUACACAUUUAAAACAAUUUAUGUGUUUUUCUACCUUUUCUUCUGAAUUAAACCAAAUUAAUCCAGGAAACGAAAUGUUUUUGAACUAAAUAAGAAAAAAUUAUACGUUUAUGUCUUGAAAUUGUUUAAACCAACUUUUGGAUUAUAGUCAAUAUUUAAGUACAGGCCAACGGUUAAAUUGUCGAUAUGAAAUACGCUGGAAUAAGUAAAGAUAUACUGUUUGCGGAAUAAAGUUUACAAUUAUUUCGUUUUUUCUCGUUAUACUGUGGUAUGCAAAAGUUCUAAGUCCAUAUUAUUUUGUAAAAUUGGCAAAAAUCUUAUCUCAGUCAAAUGGAUUUGAAAUUUAUUAUCAUCUCGACUUCUGAUAUCAAAAUUGUUGCUCCAUUGCCUUUUGAGAACAACUUUAGUGACAAUAGAGACUUUAAAUCAAAUAACAGAGUUAAAAAGAAAAAAUAAGGAUAAAGUCGUAUAAGAUAAUGUGUCAAAAAAGGACUUAUUAGUCGUCAACGCACUUUUUCUAAACUGUUAUUAUUUACCUUUAUAAACUAUAGCAAAUUCAGACUUCAAAAAUAUUUAUCUCCUGUAAAAUUUGUGAAAAUAUGCUCUUUAGAGUAAAAAUAUUGUAAAAUUGUAUGUGAAAAUAAGCAAAAGUACAAAAAUAUGCUGUUAAGCCCCAAAUAUGCUCUUAAAGACAAAAUAUGCAAAAACUUUGAAUUAUGCCUUUAAUAGCAAAAUAUGUUUUAAACCAGUGAUCGGCAUAUAGAGAACACUGAUGUUGUAAUCUGAUCAGCGGCUUAUUUUUACUUUUUGUGUCUUAUUUAAUAAUUUGUAUGAGCUAUUAAACCCAAUAUAUGAUCUUAAGGGUAAAAUAGCCAAAAUUAAAAAACCACAGAGUAUGCUUGGUAUUUAGAAGAUUAGGUUGAAGUAUGCUCUAAACCAGUGAUCGGCAUAAAGAUAAUAUUAACAAAUGAUGUACAAAGAAACUUCUGAUCAGCUAUUUUUUUUUUGUAAUUUUUGUUACUUAUUUGAUAAUUUUUCUAAAACAAAAAGUCGACUUUUUUUAAUUUUUGAAAAGUUUUUUUACUUUCGAUUAUUAGAACAAUCGACUGGAUAGAAUCGGAAACGAAAAUAAUGAACAAAAUGAAACAUUUUUAAAGUUCCGCCGAAUGAAUAUACGUUUAAAUUUUUGUCUCAUUUGGUCCAGAUGAUGACAUUACAUAUUUUUACUUGUUCUUACAAUGACAACUAAAGAUUACACUCUAAACGUUUGUACUUAAAUAUUGACUAUACAUAUAUCAAAAAAAUACUAAUUUUUCCUACUAUCUCUCUCUCUUUCCCUCUUAACCUUUCUUCUGCCUCAUUGACAUUUAAAAAUUUUAUUAGCUUAAGUAAUCAAAACCUUUAAAAUACAAUAAUUGUAAUUAAAAACAAAACAUACAAAAAAAGAAUCAAGUUUAAAUCACUUUUAUUUGUAAGCAUGAUAUUUCUUAAUUUCAGAAUAAAAUACACAAGUGGAAAUAAAAAAAA